AUGGAAAACAUAGAAAUUUAUCCUAAUUUUAAUUCUAUGGGAGUUAGAUUUGAUUAGCGUGUAUUUCGUUUAUUUAAUUUUGGGGAAUGUGGUAUAAAAUUGACCAGUUUUAACACUGUUGAAAUGAACAGGUUUUUCAGAAACGUCAAGUGUGAUUAUAAUCUAUAUAAUAGCUUGUAUACGUCAAUUUAACAUCUAUAUUUUUAUUUCAAAUCUUAACAGCACAGAUAGGAUAUACACAUGCUUAUGUUUAAUAAGAUCUAUACUAUCCUAUAUAAAAUUAUCCCAAUAGUUGAACAAAUAAAAUUUUGGAACAAUAUUACACGCGAAUGAUGCUAUAGUAUAAGAUAUUCAUGAACAGUUUACCUGCACAUAAUAUGGACUGCUACAUGCCGAAUGUUUUUCGUGGACAAGUUUUAUAUCUACAAAAUUAAACAUAGGUUGAUUUAAACUUUUCUUUUGAACAAACCUAACGAACUAAUUGGGAGCUAUAGAUGAAGUAAAGUUAUAGAAAACGGAUUGAUAAGUUUAUUUAAAACUGGUAGAGCUGUUUUUCCUAGAAGUCAAGUGAGGCUCAUCCCUUGGUUGUGCAGUGUUUUCAUAGGAAGAAAGAGAAUCCGAGUUUAAUCAAAUCAAACCGAGCCCGGACACUCUUUCUCAUGUGGCUGAGGUGAAAUUAUAGAAUCAGACAUAUUGCAGUAAUUUAACCCAACCUCAUAGGCGAAAGGCAUAUAAUUAUAGGCACUAAUUACAGCUCGCUUUUCUUCAGAGGAGAGAAAAGUCAUCAUCCCAAGUGUAUCACCCCACGAUUCGCAGGACGAACGUAAGACAGAGAUCUUAUGCAAGGUUUGUGGCGAUGUCUCGUCAGGCCGCCAUUACGGCGUGUACACUUGCGAUGGGUGUAGUGGCUUCUUUAUGCGAAGCGUGAGGAGGGAUGCUGUGUACACGUGCAAGGGAAAUGGUUCGUGUAUCGUGGACAAGAAAAGAAGAAAUCAAUGCCAAGCUUGCAGAUACAAGAAAUGUCUCGAUGCAAAGAUGAAUAAGUUUGGUAAGCUGGAAAAUUAGAUCAUUCUGUCCAUACUAGAUACCUCUAUUAGUUCUAAACUGUUCUUCCACAAAGAGCCACACUUAUUGAUCCAGUGUUACAACGGGAGGAAACUUAUGUUUAUAGCUAACUCUAUUCAUACUGGAUAGCUCUAUCAAUUCUAUAAACUGUCACCUCUUGACUCCAGUAAGGGUCAUUCAUUUUUGGUCCAGUGUUACAACAGAAUGAAACUUAAGUUUAUAGCUAACUUUAUUCUUACUGGAUAGCUCUAUCAGUUCUAAACUGUCAGCUCUAGAUGCCCAGUGAGUGCCAUCCACUACCGAUCCAGUGUUAUAACAGAAGGAAACUUAUAAGUUUAGCUAACUUUAUUCAUUGGGCAGCUCUAUCAGUUCUAAACUAUCAGCAGUCUAUAGACGUCCAGUGAGCGGCCAUCCAUUAUUGAUCCAGUGUUACUACGGGAGGAAUCUGGAAUAUCUGGAGAGAAUCUUUGGUGUUUGGUAGAGUCAAACUGGCAGCACUUUUCUCACAAGGGGGAAAUAUGAUAAGAUAAUUGUAAGUGCAAGGGGGAGGUGCCAGGACAUCCCUUGAUUCAAAGUAGUAGCUAUAUAGUAACUGUUUUGUUUUGUCUAUAGUAACAAUGAAACAAUAGGGGAUCUCUAGCUAGGAGGAACAGUUUAGAACUGAUAUGGCUAUAUCAAUAAACGUAUCCUGACAUAGGACUGUGGAUUUUCCAAAUUCUACUCGAAUCAUUUUCCAAGAUUCAGCGAAAAUCUUGUACACUGGUCCUAUCAAUUUGCCAACAAACAUACAGAGACUCGAGUUUAAUAGCUACUUAAAUAUUCAAUUCAUUGAUGCGUAAUUCAUUCUUUGGAAUCGUUGUUUACGAUUCGGAAAAUAGUCGGGAAUUGGGAUGGCUCUUUAUUGAACCGUUAGCGAGAACCGUUUAAAACCGAUAGAGUUAUCCAAUAUAAGUGAACUACGGUAUAAAUUUAUAAUAAUUUCAAAACAUGCAUGCUUUUCGAGACCUCAACAAACUUUAAGAACAAUGUGUAUAGUCUAUGUAGUCUAGAAUGAUCAGAACAGUUAAAAACAUGUUAUUGACUAUUGUACAAUAUUGCCACCAGAGCGUGGGCCAUAUCCUGCAGAGAUGCCUGCUUUUGAGGUGUCUGGUCCGUCACUUAUGGCGCCCAGAAGCACAACAUCAGUACACGCAAUCCAACGCAGUUAAUGGAACGCUAUUACGAUGUACAUUAUUUUGGGCUAUUUUUACAUGUUGGUCCAUGUCAACUGGUAGAAUGUUUAAUUCGUGCACUUGACUUUCAAUUAAAUUCUAUUCACACUGGAUAGCUCUAUAUGACUAUAACGCAAUCUAGAGGUCCGCAGAAAGCGUGAAACGACAUUUCUGACAACGAGCCUAAAUCUAUAACGAUCUUUAUCCAUUUCUUUCAUUUUUCAUGUAAAGAAAGUGUCGAAACUGAUUAGAUCACGAGCCACGCUCAUACAUUUCUCUGUGCACGAGUGAUAUUUUUACAGUAGAUAACAUUGCUCUGUACGCGAAAUUGCAAUAUUGCAUUACAAGUUGCAGCAAAAAUUGCCUAUAGCCUUGAAGCCUAGUUCACAUUUAGCAAUUUUAUUGGCAAUUGCAGGCUUUCUGGCAUCCUUGUGUAGAAAAGUAGGAUAAAAAUAGGACUAGAAUUUUAAGAAAACUGUAGGAAUAAUGUAUGAAAAUGUGUAGAAAAGUAGGAGUUUUUGAGAUGCAAAUAACACAAAAAUAUACAAAAUUGGCCACCUAGGAUAUAUGGGGUAAGGGGUGGACUAUUAGAUAUCUGAUGGGGAAUUUUUGGCACUCACUAUAUUUUUUCUACUCAUUCAUCUAUGAAUGGAAUCUCUAGAUCUUCAUUAAUUUAUUGAUUAUGAUUCUAGAGAUUCUAUGGAAUUUUAUACUCGGAAAAUGUACUUCUUCUCUUCCUGAAAUCUUGUCAUCUGGGACACAAAUAUAGAGAAUAAAAAUUACGAGUCCUAUAGAUCUAAUUACGAGAGCUGUAACAUACUGAUUCCUCAAGCGGUCCUAAAAAAGUAGGAUUUUAUAAGAAAAUCAAGCAAUUUUUAAUAAAAAAUAGGAAAAGUAGGAAAGUUGAAGAAAAGUAGGGAAAAGUAGGAAAAGUAGGAUGGCAAGAAAGCCUGCAAUUGUUCUCCUCCUGGCGGAUGCGAUUGAAUGAAUGACAUGCGAAAUGUAUGCUUCCAAAACGCGAUUCUAUACUUUUGGAUGUGAAUUCACUCAUUCGUAUCCGUCAGGAAACGAAAAAAAGAAAGAGGAAUUAUUGCAACGGAGAGAUGUUGUUUCGCUCUGCUUCUGAAAUUUGUACAUUCCGUUUCAGAUAGGUGUUUUUCACGCCGCCACGGGAAGCUAUAUCCAGUAUACAGUGUAAAUAUGUAGCCUGUGAGUAAGGACUGAAAUUACAGAGUUAUUUUUUCCGCUGAAUACAAGAAACUUCAAUUGUGAGAAGCAGCCGAAACCGGCAUUUUCAACGUUGUUUUGAGAGUAUAUUUCAGUUUUGCAAAGCACUUACCGUGCAUGCAUGCUGAUGGGGUGACAGGGUCAUUAAACUUUUAAAACAUACCCGUUUAUUGCUGACAACUGCACGAAUCUAAGCUUAUACGUAUUGUAUAAUAAAUACACUGUAGAAAUAUGAAAACACUUGUGUUCUCUCUAUAUAUAUAAAACUAUUUCUAUAUUCCAAAAACGGACACCGAUAUGGAGUCUUAGAUUUGAAAUAGCAUACUCAAUGUGACAAUGUCACUCUACAGUUUCGUAAGUUCAAACCGCAGUUUUUAGCAUACGAAGUUUCACGCAGCGUCAAAGCCGUGUCGAGACGAAACCUAUAGGGGUGUUUUCGGCACAUACAGCGCUUCACUCUAUGCGUCUUUUACCGUUGUGACUGAGGUUCAAAUCUUGCAACAUCAUGCAGUGUGUCUGAUUAUAAUUUCACUUCGAUCGCUUGUGAGAAGAGCGUUACCAGUUUGACUCUGUAGUCUAUAUCUGACACAGCAGGUUUUGUACGGAAACACAUUUUCCCCCUCUAACAGUGUACCAGAAAUGGGAUGGAUCUCUAUAUAGGCCAUGAACAACGGUUUGGUAUAGACAGAAUUGAUAAGCGAGAUAUAGAGCCACCCAGUAUAAAUAAAGUUAGUUUAGUUUAUCCUGUAGUCUGUAUGCAAUGGCCGUUUCUCGAAAAGUGGGUACCCAGGCCCCUGUCUCCUCCCUCGCGCCACAACGCCACCUUUAUUUCGGAUUCGCCAAACGAAAUUUCUAUUCCCUUAUUAAGCCUAAAUUUGUCAGAAAUAUAUACCUUUAUAAAUAAGCCUAAAUACACUAAGCCUAAAUAGACAAAGCCUAAAUUUGUCAGGAAUACUUGAAAUAAAUCUGAAUACACUAAGCCUAAAUGUAGUAAAUCUGUCAAAAAUAUACCGUACAUGUAAAUUUGUCAAAAAUAUCUGACAUAUCUCAUUAUACCUAACACUGCAUUCCGCAAUCUAAGAAUGUACGUAAAACGAUUUUUAAGCGUAAAUUUGUCAUGCUGCAAUUGACAUUACAGAGAGCCGUGCAAUGAUGGCACCCCCAUUGUCUACUACAAUAAAAACAUCAAAGCUUAUGUGUGAACUAAGAAUUAUAAAGUUACAUGCCUACUCCAAAAAUCAUGCAGAAACAGUGAGCUAUAUAGACUAUAUAGAUAUCUAAAAACUCCAAAAAGCUAUAGCUAGUUGUCUGAACCCGUAAACCAUAGAUCUGACGAUUGGCUAUACAACCAACAAGCAUGAUAUAAGAUAUCUAUAAUCCAUGCAUGUGCAUGAAAUUUUGUACUCUUAUAUAAAACGAAGAGUGUAUAUAUGCAUGUAUAUAUUAAAAAUCCUAAGGUGUGUGUCGCUCAUAUACACAGACUAAGCCCAAUAUUAAUCCUAUUUUUGCGGUAUAUGAGCUGUGCAAACAAUCGUUCUUAAUAAGCUACAACAAUGAUACUAAUAUUACUGUCAUUUCGUAAACCAACAGACACUUAUUGACGGCAUAUUACUGACACGUGAGUUGCAAUAUAGUGAAAUGAAAUUACUUUGCAAGCAGGUGGCUCCACGCAUCUAUUUAAACUCUUAAUUUUACGCUUGGUUAGCGAGCCUCUCAUCCUAAAAGCAAAAGUGCAAGAACGUUUCGGGUUAUUUUGUUAGAACGAGGCCAAAACUUUGCCCUCAAACUAGAUAUUACAGUCUUGAUUUUUUUAAACAAAUUAGUAGUUUUAAUGAAUUUGAUUAUACAAUGUCGCACGCGCUCAGCUGUUUGGUUCGCUUUGUAAGCAAAUUAGAUGAUAAAAGUAACAAUUUCUUUUAUAAAAUGAAUGGCUAAUUGUUAUUUGACUAGACAAAGACUUUGUAAUAAGCUUGGUCGCGUGUGUUAAGCCGGAAGACAAGUUUUUGGGCGUUUGCAGAACGGGCAUUUUUCAUGCCGUGACAUAUGGACAUAACAUUGCACAUAGAUGCAGUAUUGAAGUUUUUUUCGCGUGUUAAAAGCUUGUUCGCGAUGCUUUUGCCUGUCAACACCCUAUUGCGCGCGGUUAAUAAUUAAUAUAGCUUGCAAUUCACUUCAAACACGCUCGCCGAAAUUCGCCUAUUAUCUUGCUAUCAAAAAUACGAGAGUAAUUGGAAGAAUUGGCUCACUUUAAUUGUCGGGUGAAUUUCUAAAACGGCUCGCUUAUUUGUCCUUUCGAAACCGCAAGCUAGUGUCUAUAUAGUAGCUAGAAUUAAAUUGUAGUUUACUUAGACAUGGGUAGCCGUCCUGUUCUCCCUUGAGGUCCAGUAACUCGCUGAAAACCAGCGUUUUACUCAGACCGGAUUUCAUAUUGCAGGAAUUAGCGAAACACACUGUGCACAAACAGUUUUAUGUUUCGUCUCGACUCGGCUUGUACACUGCGUGAAUCGUUUGUAUGCUCGAAAUCGCGGUUUGAACUUAUGGAAUUCUGUACUGCACUAUAGUAUUCUUAUAAUCACUCAAAUUAUUGCCUUUAUGAAUUGUAGAAACGGUUUCACUGGGUUUUUUUUAAAUCCUCGCCGUGAAAGUAGCAUGGAUCUUCGUUAUGGAAAUAGUAUGGAAAUGCAAUUUUCAUAUACUAAUUGCAAUUUCCAUACUAUGAAUAUAAUACGAUAUGGAUACAUUACAAAUUAUUCAUGAAAUUUCAAAUUCCAUACAAAACAUAGUAUAAAUUUCACUAUUUUUCCCAGUGUUUUUAUAGAGAGAACACAAAUUUUCUAAGUGUUUUCAUAUUUGUUCAGUAUAUGUUAUUAUAUAUAAUACUUGAUUCGUGCAGUUGUCUGCAAUAAACGGGUAUAUUUUAAAAGUUUAAUGACCCUGUCAUCUUAAAACGCAGCAUGACCGAUAUGUGUAUUAUUACGAGUCAAGGGCAAAACAUCGCGGGGGCACGCGGGGAACGCCUACCUCCCCCGCCUUUUUCGGACAUUCGUAAUAUAAUUUAUAAUAGUCUGUUGGCCGGCUCCCCCCCCCCACUCGCAAACCCCUGCCCAUUUUCGCUCUUGUUAUACGAGUGAAACUACGAAGCCACUGUGAUCAUAACCUAAAUUAGACCAUCGUUUGCAGUUUGUAAGAGUAGUGAAAUAUUUCUUACCUAAUUUCCAUAACUUGGACAAGUUUGAAAUAUCGGUCCAUGUCGCCACUUCAAGUUAUUCUAGAAAGCAAACGGUUGGUUUAAUUCGUCAGUCGAAUAUCAAGAGAUUAAAGAAAAAACAUAUUGGGGCAUUCUUGGGGAAAACUAACUAUACAAUACAUUUGAUAUUUGGAGAGAAAAUUGAACUUAAAGUUUAUGUAAAUCAGCAUGAUUCUGUAUCAGAUAUACAAACUCUUUCACGCUCAUGAUUUCUCUUGUGUUUCAUGAACUAUUAAUAUUUAUUUAUAUCAUGGCAAAACUUAUUUCUAUUUCAGCAGUACAGCAAGAGCGCCAACCGAACUCACUGCGCAUGUCAAAAUCCCUCGAAGACCACGAGUUCUUAAAAGUCCCUGGAAAUGAGUUUUUGAACAGCCUUAUAAUCGCCGAACCUUACCGAGAAUACCCUCUGAGGCCCGGAUACCCGAGUCCAACCUAUGCCGGACAAGAGUGCUUCCCUAUGUUCUGUAGCCCGCACGAGAACACCUGCGAGGCGGCCGCCCGAUUAUUAUUCAUGGCCGUACGGUGGGCCCGGAAUAUUCCAUCUUUUGUGAACCUGCCAUUCCGAGAUCAAGUGAUCCUAUUGGAGGAAGGCUGGCGGGAAUUGUUUAUACUUGGUGCAAUACAAACUAAUCUGUCCAUAGAGGUCGCCCCCCUCCUGGCAUCAGCUGGCAUGCACGUGGACAACACGCCGGCUGAGAAGAUUGUUACUACGAUGGGGGAUAUCAGGCUACUUCAAGAGAUCACGGGGAGAUUUCGAGCUCUACACAUCUGUGAAGCUGAACUAGCCUGUCUAAAGGCUGUGGUCCUGUUUAAAUCAGGUAAAUGCAUAGAUAUCUUAUAUACACUACUGAGCGCAUCUGCUUUAGUAAAAUUGAAGCCAAGAAUAUUCCAGCGGUUACCCCCAUUUGAAUAGAUGGCGGCCAUGUUGGUGUUUCCCACUCGCUAAUAAACGCUUAAAAAAACAACAAUAACUUUUAUCAUUUGAAAUAUAUUUGGAAUAGGUUUAACUUAAUGUUUAAGUCCCUGUUUAAGAAAUAGAAAACAUACCAAUCUUCUCAUUUCAUGGGAAUAUCCUGAGUCUGCAAUCACGGGCUUCAAUUUUUGAAUUGCAGAAUAAUUAGAUGCACUAUCUAGUGUAUAUAUAUAAGAUAUGUAUGGGUAAAUGCCGUGAUUUUGACGGUCAACAAGUUUUCUUUGACUGACAAGUUUCCUUGACACGUUUCUCAAGCGGCAAACAAACUUUAAAAGUAUGUUUAGUGCUUUAUCUGCAUGUAAAAUUAUGUUAAAAUGAAGAGAUUUUAGGUGGUACACCAAAUUAGAGAGAAUGAUGUCUGAAGUUCAGCAAGUUUUGCUUAUAUUGCUGUAUAAGUAUGGCGUCAAUUUUACAGCAUUAAUGAUAUUUGUAUUCAAUUGACAAUAUGUAACUAUUAUUUUGUGUUUCUCAACCGCCAUGCAGAUACAUUUAAAAAGGUUGCUAGCUGUGUAAACUACAAAACAAAGCUAAAACAAAGUAAUUUUGAGAGGAACGCCAAAAAAAUUUUAGGUUUUGAACACUUUUCAUCGCAAAUAUGUGACAUUGAAAAAUCGUAAGAGUUCAAUUUUUAAUAUUGAUAGUAUACAUGGUAAAUCUUCAAACCCAUUAAUGGAUUCAAAAAAUGUUACCCAUGUAUUAAUGUACCCAUAAUAAUGUAAUGUACCCAUGUUACCUAUUCUAUCUUUACUUCCAUAGAUCUCCGUGGUUUGCGAGACCCGCAAAGGAUAGAGGUGUGUCAAGAUCAAGCGCAGAUGAUGCUAAACGACUACGUGCGUCGCCACUAUCCUGGACAACAAGUGCGCUUUGGAAAACUUUUAUUGAACUUGCCAUCGCUCAGGAUGAUAAAUACCAAGACAAUCGAGACCUUAUUUUUUAGACAGACAAUCGGCAGUGUGGCUAUUGAAAGCCUACUGUGCGACAUGUUUAAGAGCUAAAAUAUUUCGUGUAUUGUGUUUUGGGUAUACACAGUAUAGGACAGCAGUAGGCUAAUGCAAUACUCCAAAUCCGACCAGGAGGACUGUACUAUAGAUUUCAAGUCCUCGCAAUGGACCAUUUGCAUUAUAGACUACGUUUUGAUCUAGACAAAAAUUUCGUCACAGCUUGAAAGAGCAUCACAAAAUUAGUAAUAUUCCAAAGUUUCGUUGCGAAAUGUU